AGGAGGAGGAAGAGGAAGAGGAAGGCCCCGAGCAGGUGCCCCCCCCGGCCCCCCAGGAGGGGGAGGGGCCCCCCCAGGAGGAGCCGCCCUUCGACGAGGCCACGCAGGCGCUGAUCGAUGCCGCCCAACGCGCUCGGGACGAUUUGGCCGCGGCCGAGCGGGAGCUGAAGGAGGCCGAGGAGGGGAUCAGGGCCCUGGAGCUGGAACUGGGGAUGGAUUUCGGGCCCGAGGGGGAAUUCUCCUACCUGUACAACCAGUGCUGGGAGCUGGGCACCAGCGAGUACCUGUACCGGCUCUGCCCCUUCCAGCGCGUCACCCAGAGACCCAAAAACGGCGGCGCCGAGACCAACCUGGGGCUCUGGGGCUCCUGGGCGGGGCCCGAAGGCGACAAAUUCGGGGCCCAAAAAUACGAGGGGGGCACGGGGUGCUGGCAGGGACCCAACAGAGCCACCACGGUGCGGCUCAGGUGUGGCCGGGACACGGCGGUGACGGCGGCGUCGGAGCCGAGCCGCUGCGAGUACCUGCUGGAGCUGGAGACACCUGCGGCCUGCAGGGAGCCCGACACACCUGGGCACGAGGAGCACGACGAGCUCUGAACCCCAAAUAUCCCAAAACAUCCCAGAACAUCCCAAAAUACUCCAAAAUAUCCCAAAAUAUCCCAAAA